AUGUCUCGUUCUUUUAUUAGUAUUUUAUGUUUUACACUAAUUGUUGUUCAAGCUGGUCUUGUACCUCAAACAAACGAUGAACAUAAAGCACGAAUUUUGGAUCUUCCUAUUAGUCAACAACAACACUUUACCGAUUUAAGUCAAGAUAAUAAAAUCGAACAUAACAGUGAAUAUGAUCAUGAAGCAUUUCUGGGUGUUGAUGACGCAAAAACAUUUGAUAAAUUAUCACCAAUUGAAAGCAAAAAACGCUUAGAAAUUUUAGUUGAUAAAAUUGACAAAGAUCAUGAUGGAUAUGUGACCAAAGUAGAACUGAAAGACUGGAUUAAACUUAUACAAACACGUUACAUAACAGAAGAUGUUAAUCGCCAAUGGCACCAAAUAAAUAAUGAUACGGAUGAGUUCAUCACAUGGCAAGAAUACGAUAAUGCGACAUAUUAUGCACUAUAUGACUCACAUCCAGAUGAUGAAAAAACGACUGAACAUUAUCUUCGUUUACAGAAGAAAGAUCGACGGCGGUUCAAUAAAGCUGAUUUAAAUCUCGAUGGCAAAUUAAACAAAGAAGAAUUUGCUGAUUUUACGCAUCCGGAAAAUGCGCCACGUAUGAAAGAACUUGUUAUUACAGAGACGAUUGAGGAUAUUGACAAGAAUGGUGAUGGUUUGUUGAGCAUUGAAGAAUAUAUUGGCGAUAUGUGGAAUAGUGAAAAGGGACUUGAAGAACCUGAAUGGAUUAAAAAUGAACGUGAAAAUUAUAAAAAAUACCGUGAUCUUAAUCAUGAUCAAUAUAUGGAUCGAGAAGAAAUUGAGAAAUGGUUGAUGCCAUCUGAUUACGAUCAUGUCGAAGCGGAAAGUUCACAUUUGAUAAGAGAAGUUGAUGCAAAUAAAGAUAAUCAGUUGAGUAAAAAUGAGAUACUGAAUAAAUAUGAAAUAUUUGUUGGUUCUCAAGUCACAGAUUGGGGAGAUGCAUUACAACAUGAAGAGUUUUAA